GGGAGAGUUUGGUCAUAACCGCAUCUGCUGCCUACGGGACCUGAUCACAGGGGGGGCUUUGAGAAUCAACACAAACAGGGAAGUGGGAGAGCAUUUAGAAAAUCAACAGACCUGCUUUAAAGAAUGCACCUGACUGAGUGUGAGCCCACAGCCAUGUCUGCCGCGGUCGUGAUGGACCCCCUGGGGGGCGGUGCACACCUGCAGUCCGGCGGCGGCGCCUCGCUGGACGACGUCGCCACGGAGCCCACUGCCAUAGAGUCAUCGGGGGAGGAGUCGGCCUCCGAGAGGGAAGAGGAAGCGGUGACCCCAGAGGAGCCUGCCCCCCACCCCGUCGACACUCGCAUCACCUCUCAGAACACACACACACAGCAAGGCGAGGCACGGAGCCCAGAAUCCCUGGCCCUAGCGGCGCCUGCGUCCCAUCUGUGGACCACCAGCGGAGAGGGGACAGUUAAGCUGAGGAUGUCCGACUCCGGCCUGGCCGCGGAGCCCCCUAUCACUGUGCACCAGAUGUUCUCCAGGGCGGUGGAGAGGUUUGGGAGCCAAACAGCGCUGGCCUGGAAAGAGGGCGAGAAGUGGAGAACGCUCAACUACAAGGAGUACUAUCAGCAGUGCAGAACAGCUGCUAAGAGCUUCCUUAAGCUAGGGCUAGAGCGUUACCACGGUGUGGGCAUCCUGGGCUUCAACUCUGUCGAGUGGUUCAUCACCGACAUCGGCGCCAUCCUCGCCGGCGGGUUUGCAGUGGGCAUCUACACCACAAACUCCCCGGAGGCUUGCCAGUAUGUGGCAGAGAACUGCCAAGCCAAUAUCCUGGUGGUGGAGAACCACAAACAGCUGCAGAAGAUCCUUCAGAUUCAGGACAAGCUUCCACACUUGAAAGCCAUAAUUCAGUACAAAGAUGCACUGAAAGAAAAGAGACCAAAUGUGUUCACGUGGGCGGAGUUCAUGCAGAUGGGGAGCGAAGUGCCCGAUGCCCAGCUGGAUGACAUCAUCGCCAGCCAGAAACCCAACCAGUGCUGCACCCUGAUCUACACGUCGGGCACCACAGGGCAGCCCAAGGGUGUGAUGCUCAGCCACGACAAUCUGACCUGGACCGCCUUCUCCACCGCCCGUCACGUCGGCCUGAAGGACGCCGACGUCGCCCAGGAGGUGGUGGUCAGCUACCUGCCGCUGAGCCACAUCGCCGCGCAGAUGAUUGACAUCUGGAUAACCAUGAAGACCGGGGGCGCCACCUACUUCGCACAGCCUGACGCCCUAAAGGGUUCUCUGGCCAACACGCUGAGGGAGGUGCGGCCCACGGCCUUCAUGGGCGUGCCACGCGUGUGGGAGAAGAUGCAGGAGAAGAUGAAGUCCGUCGGCGCCAAGUCCUCCGCGGUGCGCAAGAAGGUGGCCGUGUGGGCCAAGAGCGUGGGGCUGCAGACCAACCUGAAUAAGAUGCAGAGCAGGGUGUUGGCAGGAACGCCCCUGAACUACAGGCUGGCUAAGAAGCUGGUGUUCUGUAAGGUGCGCAAGGCCUUGGGCUUAGACCGCUGCACCAAGUGCUACACAGGCGCGGCGCCCAUCACCAAGGACACGCUGGAGUUCUUCCUCAGCCUGGACAUCCCCGUUUACGAGCUGUACGGUAUGAGUGAAAGCAGCGGGCCCCACACUGUCUCCCUGCCUGAUGCCUACCGCCUCACCAGCUGUGGGAAGGUAAUCCCAGGGUGCGAGACCAAGCUCUUCAACCAGGACGAUAAGGGCGAGGGGGAGAUCUGCUUCUGGGGCCGUCAUGUCUUCAUGGGCUACCUCAACAUGCCCGAAAAGACGGAGGAGGCGCUUGACGCCGAUGGCUGGCUGCACUCUGGGGACCUGGGCAAGGUGGACCCCGAGGGAUUCCUGUUCAUCACCGGCCGCAUCAAAGAACUGAUCAUCACGGCGGGCGGAGAGAACAUUCCGCCGGUGCCCAUAGAGGAUGCGGUGAAAGAGGCCGUGCCGCUGGUCAGCAACGCCAUGCUUGUGGGAGACAAGAGGAAGUUCCUCACCAUGCUGCUCACCAUAAAGUGCCAGGUGAACGGGGAGACGGGGGCUCCGGAGGACGAGCUGACGGAGGAGGCGGUGGAGCUGUGCCAGAAGCUGGGCAGCUCGGCCAGGCGGGUGUCGGAGAUUGCCAACGGGCGGGACCGGCUGGUCGUUGCCGCCAUCCAGGAGGGCAUCAACCACGUGAACGAGCGCGCCACCUCCAACGCCCAGCGCAUCCAGAAGUGGGUCGUGCUGGAGCACGACUUCUCCAUCCCCGGGGGAGAGCUGGGUCCCACCAUGAAGCUGAAGAGGCCGGUGGUCUUGAAGAUGUAUGAGGAGCAAAUCGAGAACUUCUACAAUGACGUGGUCACUCCUACCAACGCCGACAACCCUGUGCUUACCAAAUAAGACUGUGACAAUAUCCCUCACCGCAUGUGCAAAUUCCAAAUAGGUGUUUUUUUAUUAAAUCUGUGGGUGUAGUAAAUAUGGGAGAUGUGUAAAAAUGGGUAAAUUGUCUAUUUUAAAGGUAUUUAUUAAUAAAUGGAUUAUUAUUGUAAUAAAGUGCAAUGAUAACAAAUGGGGCAUUGAAAUGUUUAUGUACAAUGCAAAACUGCAUAAGAAUCCAAAGUGAAGU